CCUGCCCGCGCUCAUGCCAUGUCACCGCCGGGCAGCGGGACCCCGCGGCCAGCGGUAACCCCUGUCGCCGGGGGGGCACCGCGCCGGGGCUGGGCAUGGCAUUGAGAGCGGCUCCGGGACGCGCAUCUUCCUAGACGGAUCUGUUGCUGGCAUAAAUGGACUCUGUGUGGCUCCAUGGGCUUGCAAUACUGGCAGUGAUCUUCACCUGCCCUUUGCUGUGUCACAAAUGAUUAAUUUUUCUCCAUCUCUAUUUACAUGGUGAUAAGAAGUGCUAAUCCCACUCUGUCACUCUGGACUGAUGAAUCUGAGGAAUAGAACAGAGCCCUGUGUUGUGUAAACGAACUGAUGGAUGAAGAUGAGAAGGACAGGGCAAAGAGGGCAUCACGCAACAAAUCUGAGAAGAAGAGGAGAGACCAGUUCAAUGUCCUCAUUAAGGAGCUCUGCACCAUGCUGCAGGGCCAUGGCCACCCUCUCAAGAUGGACAAGUCCACAAUACUGCAGAGGACCAUCGACUUCCUACAGAAACAGAAAGAAAUCACAGCACAGACAGAAGCCUGUCAGAUUAGACAAGACUGGAAGCCUUCAUUUCUUAGCAACGAGGAGUUCACCCAGUUGAUGUUAGAGGCACUAGAUGGCUUUCUCAUUGCUCUUACCACUGAUGGGAUUAUUAUUUAUGUGUCUGACAGUGUUUCAUCUCUGCUCGGACACUUACCGUCAGAUUUGGUGGACCAAAAUAUAUUAAACUUUCUGCCUGAGGGGGAGCAGAGCGAGGUGUACAAGCUGCUUUCUCCACACGUGCUCAUGACAGAUCCUGUUGCAGCUGAUUUUCUGAAUGCAGAAAAACAAAUAGAGUUUUGUUGCCAUUUAGCAAGAGGCAGCUUAGAUCCAAACGAACCCCUGAUGUAUGAAUAUGUGAAAUUUGUAGUGGAUUUUAAAUAUUUUACUCAUGUGCCUACACCCUCCUGUAAUGGCUUUGAGUCAGCUAUUGCACGGGCUUUCAGGUCAGCCCCGGAGGAGCAGAUCUGCCUGGUAGCCACCGUUCGCCUGGUGACGCCGCAGUUCCUCAAGGAGCUCUGCAAUGUUGAAGAGCCAUGUGAAGAAUUUACAUCGAGGCAUAGUUUAGAAUGGAAGUUUUUAUUCUUGGACCACAGGGCUCCACCUAUUAUAGGAUAUUUACCCUUUGAGGUUCUGGGAACGUCAGGCUAUGAUUACUACCACGCAGAUGACCUGGAGCUUCUUGCUAGGUGCCAUGAACACUUGAUGCAGUUUGGAAAAGGCAAAUCCUGUUACUAUCGGUUCCUGACCAAAGGGCAGCAGUGGAUAUGGCUGCAGACUCACUACUACAUCACCUACCACCAGUGGAACUCCAAGCCUGAGUUCAUUGUUUGCACUCAUCUGGUCGUUAGUUAUGCAGAAGUUCGGGCUGAGAGAAGACGAGAUCUUGGCCUCGAAGAGUCAUCAAUUGAACUGGCAUCCUCUUCUCUAAAGAGCCACAGCAGCUACCUGGACGUGGGGCAGUGCGGCAGCAGCCAGGAGGCCAGCCGGGAGGGAGUGUCGCUGUCCUCGCACAGCUCCCGGCGCUCCUCGCACACCACCCUGUCCGACUCCACCUCCACGUCGUCCAUGCGGCGCACGGACACCAGCACCCCCACCCGGCCGGCGGGGCCGGGCGCUCCGGGGGACAAGGCGGCCCUGCGGCUGGCAGCGCCCGGCAGCGCCCAGCCAGUGUACCAUUUCCCCACCCAGCUGGGGAUGAUGCACCAGCUGAAAGAGCAGCUGGAGGAGAGGACUCGCAUCCUGCAAGCUGACAUCAAAACACAGCAAGAGGAACUCCAUGUCAUCAAGGAGCAGCUCCAACUCGUGCAGGACUCCAACCUGCAGAUGCUGAUGCAGCAGCCGAUCCCGGUCAUCUUUAACGCCGUGCAGCAGCCCAGCCCCCGGAGGCCGCCGCCGCAGGGCACGCCCAGCCACAGCACGGCCAAGAAGUCACAGCAGCCAGCCCUGACGGGGACAAAGCACCACUGCAGCACCACCCACCUGCUGUCACCGCACCCAUUCCUCAGGGACCCCUGUGGCACAGCCCCCCAGGUACAGCAGAAGAAGCAGCAGCACCCAGUGAGAGGAAGCCAAGGCCAGCAAACGUGUGUGCCAGGGCAGGGGAGCAUUCCAGUGCCCUUCUACAACAGCCCUAUGGUGCUCUCCCAAGCACACCCCAUCGCCGUGGCUGCACAGGUGCCCACUGACAGCAGUGAGAGGCAGCCACCAGCUGACUACAGCCAGGACAGGAGCCUCAGGAUGCUGUUGGAUCAGUCCAUCCAAGCCAUGAUGCCCACAGCCAACAGCAGUGUCCAGCCCGUGCAGAGCAGUGCCAGCAGGCAGCAAGGAAAGUUUGUUGCAGAGCAGCAGAGCCUGGCUCCCCCAGCACAGGUGCAGCCAGCCACCUGCAGCCCUGCCCGGCCUCCAGCCCCGCCGCCCAUCUUCUCCCCAUCCCUGGUGAUCCCACACACCAGCUUCCCUUCCCACCAGGCCAGCACACCACUUCAUCUGCACCAGUGGCCACAGCAGCAGGUUCAGCAGCACCGCCUCUACCUUCAGAUGCAGGGUCCUGAGCUGGUGCCUGGGGCUCCGACGCAGCGCAUUUUCCAGCCGCCCCACGCCCCGCAGCAGAACCCCUUGAGCUACUUCCUGCACCCACAGCAGCAGAGCCACCACACACAGGGCCAGCCCUGCAACCUGCCUGACCUGCCCGAGAUGCAGCUGCCCUGAGAGUCACUUCUGGGGACAAGGAGCACACGGCUGCAGCCGCUGCGCCCGGCGCGCGCAGGAGAGCACGGCGCCAUCAGAGCACGGCACAGAAGAGGUUGGGCUCCGUGGGGAGGUGGUGCCUGCAGGGAUUGAUGGUCUCUGACAGGGAUGCAUGGCUGCAGGGGCCUGGUUUGGUGGGAUUGCCAUGCAGCCAAAUGCGUGGAAUGUAUUCCGUGAUGCUGUUCCAGCAGCAGGUGCGCCCUGGCCCAGCAUCAUGGUGCCACUGGAAGUGGUGCCUUCUUGCUGCAGGGAGGGGAGGUAUCAGGCUGUCAUGAAGCUUGGUUUGCAAUGGAAAAAAACCUUUUUCCAUUCAGGACUUCAAUGCUGAAAGUCACUGUGAAUUUAAGCCCAGCAUUUGGAGCACAUAGACUGUACCAGUCCGCAGGACACCAUUGGAUUACCGUGUACAUAACUCGUUUUGCUGUAGUAGGUCCAUUGUGAAUUCUUUUUCCUUUUUCUAUACCUCAGUCCCGCAGGUUUUUUUCCAGGAGUUUGGAUAAUGCUGCUAAUUUACAUAACACCACUUUUGCCUGAAUUUCUUACUGUUGUUAUACCAGCUCACAUCGCAGCUAGUUCAAUAUUUGUCGUGUUUUAUUUUUGGUUAACAAGUGAAGAUAAAUUUGUAUGGUUUUUACUCCCUGUAGCCAAAUAUUUUUCAGGUUACAGACAAAGAAUCUUUACUCCUUUUUUUUGUUUUUGUUUCAAGUGAUGUAGUUGUAAAUGUUUCUGUUCAUAAAAACAAACAAACAUGCAUAGAACAGCAUAUGACAGCAAACUUUGUGGUUUUGCUAGGUCAUAUUUCAAUUUGGCAAACCCAAAAUGUAUAAUCACAACACACGAUGUUACAAGCCCAUAGGGUCAGCAAUAAAUUGUAUUUUUGUAAAUUGUCACUUUUUAA